ACAAAAACACGUGUGUUUUUGUUAUCAGAGAAACAUCUCCGGUAUCAGUAGUGUUUAUUUCAUUGAAGGUAGAUAUUAUUUGUUAGUUACCUGUUACCUCCUUCUGUGUGUUGUAUUUUUGAUGAAAGUACAGAAAGUAUCGAGUUAAAAAUGGAUAAUCCAAGUGAUUCGAGCGAUGAAGAAGAUUUUAUGGCAAUUACUUCUCUUUUCUUAUUAUAUAAAAUGUUGAAAAUCAGGCGAAAACGUAAAAGAAGCCAACGUUCGGACUGGUUGAACAGGAGAUGGAGAGUACGUCCUUCUCCUUCAACUCUACGAAUGCAGGCACGUGUGGAUGAAUAUCAAAAUCUGUUCAAAAUACUUUUGGAGGAGAAAGAUGACGUUAGAUUCUUCAAAUACACACGUAUGACUUUCGUUCAAUGGGAAAACUUAUUAAAUCUAGUAACUCCAUAUUUACGCAAAAACCAUAACAGUUGCUCUUCACCUGGACGAGAUUUAGUAAUUACAAUCAGGUACUUUGUAACCGGUAGGCAGUUUUGUGAUUUAGCGAUGACUUUCGGAUGCACAGGUGAAUCUACAAUUGGAUCAAUUGUGAGAAGAACAUCAUUGGCAAUCAUACAAGCACUGAAGCCCACACAAUUGUACGAACGAACAGAAAAUGAUUAUUACGAUAUAAUGAAAAAAUUUUGGACUGAUCGUCAGGUACCAAAUUGUUGCGGUGCCAUGGCUGGAAAACAUAUAACUGUACAGAAACUUCCUAAUCCUAAUGCUGGGACCUCGCAUCAUAACGAUGAAGAUCGUUUCAGUUUAGUUCUCUUAGCUAUAUGUGAUGCGAAUUAUAGAUUUACAAGUAUCGAUAUCGGUCAAUACGAUAGUGUAAGUGAUGGAGGAGUGUUCUCAGAAUCUCCUACGAGUGAUCGUAUUAAGCCUAUAAAUGAAGAGGCCGAUUUACCUCGCGAACCACUCAAUUUUCCAAACAGUAACGUAGCAAUCCCAGCAUUUUUCGUAGCAGACCAAGCGUUUCCAUUAUCAACGCGAAUCAUGAGACCAUAUCCUGGUGAAAAUCUUAGCAAAAGUGAGCAGAUAUUCAAUUACCGUUUAUCAAGAGCUGGGAGUCUGAUUGAAAACACAUUCGGUAUACUUACCAUGAGAUGGAAAAUUUUUCGAAACCCUAUCACUGUUAAGGAUGUAGAAGGAAUUGUUUUAAGCAUACUGUGCCUGCACAACUAUUUGCAAAAUGCAAAUAACGAAGUGGCGGAAAAUCAGCGUCUGUACUGCCCAAAAAAUGUAGUCGAUCAUGAGGAUAGCAAUGGUGUUAUGGUACCUGGCAGAUGGAGGCGAAAAGCUAUCGCAUUCGAACCUAUACCAGCUGGAAAACCUAAAGAAUCAGCAGCAAAUGCUCACAUGCAUCGACUACUGCUGAAGCAUUUUUUUGUGUUAGAUAGAAUUGUCCGUGGCAGGAAUUGUACGCGUUGAAGGAGGAAUGAAUUGUACUUCGAAAUAGAAUUUUACAUUGUUUUAAAUGAUUUUGAAUUUCAAUUAUUAUUAUGUCGAUUUAUUUACAGUUUAUGAAGAUAAAAAAUGCAAUAUUCUCGAGUACAGUAAUUCAAAUUCAAAUUCAAAUCUACAUUUUUUUCGAAGAAAUAAAACUCUUUUCGAAGAAAUAAAGCUCAUUUCUUGAAUUUUUCAAGAAGUAAGAUACGUGACCAUUUCCAGGUUAGUAUUUAUUAAAAUACAUCCAGUAAUGACUUGUAAUAGAUAUCGUACGUAUAAAUAAUAA